CGAAAAAAAUAUUAAAGAAAAUAUCGCAUCCGACCGCAUCGAUUGGGAAAGAUGGCAGCAUCUGGAAAAUUCAGCAUUCUAGCUCGUCAACUGAGCACCAGCUCUGCUGCAGCUCAGCUGGUUAAGCCUCCAGUGCAAGUAUUCGGUCUGGAGGGUCGGUAUGCGUGUGCACUCUAUUCGGCUGCCACUAAAACCAAGGCCCUCGAUGCGGUAGAGAAGGAUCUGAAGGGAUUGCAGAAUCAGAUGCGCGCGGAUCCGAAGGUUCGUGAUUUGCUACGCGAUCCGACUACGAAACGUAACGUCAAGGCUGCUGCAUUGAAGGAUGUUGCCGCUAAGGUUAAAUUCAACGCAGCCACUGGCAACCUGCUUACUGUUUUGGCUGAAAAUGGACGCCUGGGUCGUCUGGAUGGAAUAAUCAACGCGUUCAGUUUGAUUAUGGCUGCAGAACGGGGAGAGGUUGUGUGCGAAGUAAAGACGGCCAAGCCACUUGAUGAUGGCCAGCGCAAACAACUGGAAAAUGCUCUUAAGGCGUUCUUGAAGCCAAGCCAAACCAUCCAGCUAACGGCCAAGGUAGAUCCAGCGCUGAUCGGUGGCAUGGUUGUAUCGAUUGGAGAUAAGUACGUCGACAUGAGCGUUGCCAGCAAAAUUAAGAAGUAUACCGACAUCAUUACAUCGCCUGUUUAAAAUAUUGGAUGACUGUAUCCGAUGAUGUUUUGUUGGCGUUCGUGGGCUCCGUGCGAUAACAUCGUGCUGCGUCCUAGCAGAUGGUUUGAAUGUGCAAUGAGAUGCAACUAGUUCUCGUUACUUAUUCUUACCGUAUAGAUUAUGCAGUACAGCCGAAAAAAAUAAAUGCAUCCUUUAAGGAUUUAAUAAUCUACAAUUCUUUUUACUCAAAUAGAAGGGCAAAAA